AACGUGUCAAAAAGGUUCUCGUUGUUGGCUUCAUCACGACGGGAUGAAGCACGAGAUUAACUAAGAUUAAAUUAAAGAUGUUUCAAAUAUUUUAAAACAACGAUUGAUUCGACGAAUUUGUCAUCGCGAUUGUUGACUGUGUCAAAAAGUUAUGAGAAUGAGGACGACGAAGACGACAACAAUGAUCACGAUGAGAUUUUGGAGUUACGGGUAAUCCCAUCAGGGGCAACUGGCUUGAUAACCUUGCGAAGGUAAUUUUUUUUUUUAAUACAAUCAACGAGACAAUAUAUUCAAGAGGAGGACCAAAUUAAGGGGAAAUGGCAACCGACAUUGAGGAGUCUGACAUGGAGGAGCACGAGCACCCUGGACCAGCGAAACGUCGCCGUACCAAUUAUACUAAAACUUUGGACAAAAGGCCGGAAGAAUCUGUCGGUUCUAACAAGACGGCGAUCACAGAAAAAGAGGCAGAGGGUGAAGCUGAUCAAGACUUGGACGAAGUAGAAAAGCUGGCGAGAGAAAAGUUGCGUUUGUGGCAAAAGUGCCAACUGGAUACAGGCUUUUUGGACAAUAUGGUGAAUGACAUCCUCGACAGGUUUUUCUUCAAAGACCUCACGCCCUUUUUUGUUGGUGGAGAUAAUGAAAUGGAGAGCAGAGCAGUAGCAAUGGCGAUCGUGAGUCGGGGGCUCGCUCACAGCGCUUCCCGCGCCGACCUCGUGUCAUCGGAUAUUUGCUGGUCGAUUAAUGAAAGCUCUGACUCGUCAAGCGCAAGCGAUGAUUCCUUGUCGCACGAGAGUUCAGCAAUAAUCGAGCCUCCGAGUUUGGUUCCUACAUCGACAGUCUCCACUGGAGUUCGUUCCUGGAACGAGGAUAAAAUGGACGACAGCAAUCGUUCUUUAUCUCGCGAGACAAUGCCGAGUUGUUCCACGAUAAUCGAUCCUCCGAGUUCGACCUCCACCUCGGCUGUCCCUGGCGUUGCUCGGUGCUGGAACGAGGACAAAAUGGAUGAGACCGAUCGUGAGCAAGACUUUUUGGAGCGAGCGGUCGCGGAAGCGAUAAAGAAAAAAGGACUGAGCGCUCUUAGCGUCGAUUAUGGCUAAAUACUCCAGAGAUCGAAACCUCGCUGUUCGAACUCGCUUUACUCUUCAUUUUUUUUAUCUUCUUUUCCAAACGAAAUCAUUCCUUUUCAUCAAUCGUCCAACCGUUAACUCCGUGUCAUACGUUGAGGGGUCCCGUCUCGUCAGUUCAUCAAAAUGAUCUGUCAAAUUUGUUUUUCCUCAUGCAAACAACAAUGUGCAACAAUCUUACGGUGACAACGUUGUGUUGAUUUCACGCCAAUAUCAAACAAAAACAAGACAAAGCGUCGAAAAGCAUACGCCGAGAAGGAAAACCGCGAUUUCCGAUUAAAGUUAUGCUCAACGUUGUUCGAACGAAAGUCAUGCACGAGAAUAAAAUGAUUCGUUAAAAAACGGCUCUAACCGACCCCAUCUUCAAAGUAAUUUAAUGUAGCAAUGUUCCCUACGGUUACAUUUUGAUAAUUAAAAAAAAGCAGUUUUCAAAAAAACGUAACUUUCAAGAUGUAGAAAAGUAACCACAAGCCGAAAAAUCGAUGUUUUCCUAAAUCUGACUAGUCACGACCCCUUGAUAAUUUGUAUAUAAAUUUUCCAACACCGAUUUAAUGCGGGAGUAGAAGGAAAAGAUCCGUUAGCAGAAGCCUGGCUAAGGGAUGUAAAACGAAACUUUAAACAAACGGUCGAUCGUCACAGAGUGGCGAAAAAUAAAUCAAAUAGACGAGCCAUAUUAUUGUAAAUGUAAAAUUAGAUAACCCAUUGAAACUCGAUUAAUUUAGCGGUGAACGAGUAUCCUAUCGUCGAAAAAGACAAGAUUAAAAUAUUACAAAUAUCACAUUAAAUAUUUUUCUUGUCCGACGACAUAAUAUAUCAUAAAUAUAUGAAAAUUGAUAGUAUAAAUACGAAGCGCGAAUCAACAGUAUAAAAAAGCCUGUGAAUCAGCCAUCACUUUUUUUUUUUAUCAAAUAAUUACUUGAUCGAAUCAACUUUUCAUAAAAUAUAAACAAUUAUUCAAAAAUUACGCGUCAAUGACGAAAACGAAGCAAAACAAAAUCUCAGCGGUCGAUUUAUUUUUUGAAUUUUAUUCCAUCGACAUGUUUUGCCGAGCGCUCGAUAACUCGCUAUAAUCGUAAAUCAUUUUACAUACCUGUAUGAAAAAGAAAAAAAAAACACAUUGUAAUAAUAAAGAAAAUAUUAGAAUUUAUGACUGUGGGAGUGUGUUUCACAUCGUUUAGGUGAAAUAGGGCUCUCUUUCGUUUACAAUUUUUUUCUAGUGUUCGCUCUCGUUAGAGUAUCACGACAUUGUGUAAAUAGAUGAUAUGCUGUCAAAUGUCGUAUGUACAACCAUAAUAUUCAAUAAAAAUUUACGCUCUAGAGCGAGAAGUA